AUGGCCAGAGGAUACACCUGUGCCCAGUGCCUUCAGGUGCUUCGGCAAGGAGUCCGAGCACAUGGCUCUCCAGCCAGAUUACCGAGCUUGGGCCCUUCUCGCCGGAGAUGCGCCGUCUCCCCGUUGUGGACUCGCAGCUUCGGCUCCGAACGCAACAACGGCUUGCUAGCAACCAACCCUCAAGAUCAGGGCACUGGCAAGGCUUCGUCUGCUAUUAAGUCAUCUAUAUCCCAGCCGUUCGCUCAGCGGGCCGCCUCCACCUCCACUGGCCCCAACGUCGACACUCGAGCGCUCUUGAAGCCUGACAACCUGUUCCACUCGUUCUCGAACUCGCCCUCACCCGCCAUUCGACAGCGCGCUGCUUUUAUUAAGCAGAAUGCCUUUUGCCCGCAUCCUAGCCAUCAGCAGACACGUGUCCCUGUCUCGCCUAACGACUCGGAAGCGCGCAAGACCUCCGACGAGGCUAGCCAGCCCCCGGCCCACUCUCACUUCGAGUGUCCCGAUUGCGGCGUGCCCAUCUACUGCUCGGAGGGCCACUGGAUGGAUGACUUUGAAGCUCACCUUGAGGUCUGCGAGACCAUCCGUCAGAUCAACGAGGACGACCAUGACCUGCAUUCCGGCCGCUUCUUCCCGGAGUUCUCGUACCCGGGCGUCCAGGAUGAUAACUUCGUAAUCAACAUGACCAAUUGGGAUACUUAUAUGUAUACCCGCGAGUUCGAGGCGAUCAACUCAGACCGCUCGAUGCGGCAGGUCACUCGCAUGCUUACAUACCCGCAGACCAUUGCGAGUGUCUUGCAUGAGCUGAGCCCGUACAGUAUCCAGAAGAAGAACCGGUUGACGGCUGAGGGAUUGAAAAGUUUCAGUGCCCUCCGUUACUCCUUGCACCCUCCCAAGACUGGCGAAGAUAUUGACGUCAAGGGCCUGCGCUUGAAGGCUCCUCCGGUCCGUAUCUUUAUCCUCGGUGCUCGCGCUGAGUCCUCCUUGCCCCGAGAAGUCUGGCUGCAGCUCUCGUAUAUGUUCCCCCGCUCCCUCCUGCACAUCAUCUUCAUUGGCCCUGAGAGCAUGGCCAACCGUGACGCGGAGUUCCCGCUCCCCGAGCGCACCCCCGAGAACCCCUUCGGUGCCAUCGUUGAGGAUCGUCUUGGUGGCCAAAUGAAGAUCUCCACUUACGUCGAUUACUUCCACACCAUGUACAAGGCCCAGUACUUCCAACCCUUCGAUCCUUACCUCGACUGCUUCAUGCUGUUCCACCCCGGUCUUGGUCACCCGGCCUCUUCACACGAGUGGUCCGAGACCCUACCCCAGCUGCUGGAGACCAAGGUGCCCAUCCUCUGUACCGGGUAUACUCAGUGGGAUAUGGAGCGCGAUAUCAACUGGGUGCACGAGAAGUGCGCGGGCGAGUUCGAUCUGCUGCUCGAGCCGGGCGAGAACAUCUUCCGCAGUCUGCGCUGGGAUCUCAAUGACAUGGACCCGCACGAUGUGUCGUGUGGAAACUGGGGGUUGUGGGCAUUCCGUGGCAAGAGGUAUGAGGCAACUUUCAAGAGCGAGUAA